AUGAAGGAUGCCAUUGAAGUUCAACUAAUAGAUACAAAUAUUUACAAGAGUAAAGAAUUAUGGCAGCCGUAUAGAGCAAGGGGGGCCUUUGGCGGUCAGUCACUCCAUGCAUAUUUCUUGCUGGCUGGUAAUGUAGAUAGACCGAUUAUUUACACAGUCGAACGUAUGAGAGAUGGAAAAUCAUAUGCAACUCGUAUGGUAAAAGCAUCACAGAGAGGAAAGACUAUUUUUGUAUGUAAUUGCAGUUUUUCAACAUUGGAGGAAGGCAUUACAUUAAGCCAUCAGGUCACAAUGCCCACCGUAGCCAACCCAGAGAGUCUGCCUUCAGAUUUGGAUAUAUUCCAGAAAAUCUUGAGAAGCACCAAAAGCGAAUCAAAACAAUUUUUGUUAAGAGCCGAGAAGAACAUAAAUGACAAUUCUCUUAUUGAUUAUCGAGCAGUCAACCAAUAUUCAAACGAAGAAAUUAUCACAGGCAAUGUCAAAACAGAUGCUCAUGGCCGAAGAUGGUUCAAAACGAGAGGAGCUCUAAAUGAUGAUAUGAAACUUCAUGCUUGCAUUAUUGCAUACGCUUCGGACAGCGGCCUAAUAAAUGUUGCAGCCACAGCAAAUGGGCUUUCUUACAACUCAGAAAGUAUGGGCAUGAUGGCAUCUCUCGACCAUACAAUGUGGUUUCAUGCACCAGCAAGAGCAGACGACUGGCUUCUUUAUGAUAUACACAGUCCCCGAACGAAUCAUGGGCGGGGAGUGGCCUUUGGCAAAAUCUACAGUAGCGACGGUACAUUGGUGGUUACAACUGCACAGGAAGGCAUCGUAAGGUUAACCGAAGCUGAACAGAAAAAACGACGAAAGCAAUUAGAAUUUGAAAACGGUUUUUUGGGCAACUGUCGAUGCCAGUUGUAA